AUGUCCACUUUUAAUAUCGUAGAUAUUGUAAAGACCGCCCAAGAUGCGGGAAUUUCUCCAGCAGAUAUAAAUAAUUUAGUUGCACGUUCCGUAGUUAAUGCAGGUCAGUCUGCUUAUCCAGAUUUGAAAUUGCCUAACUUUUGUGAGAGCAAAGAUGAUAUUCAUGAUUAUCUUGCGCGUUUUGAGAAGAUUGCAGAAAUACAGAAUUGGGAGGUAGAACGUUAUCACAUUUACCUUGGAGCACAAUUGACAGGAAAAGCCUUAAAAACUUAUAUUAAUUUGCCUAAUAAUGUUCUUUCUAACUACGAAUUGGUUAAGGAUGCCUUGCUUAAAACUUAUUGCUUAGAUGCCGAGUCUUAUCGUAAGAAAUUCCGGGAAAGCAAAGUGAACGAGACAGAAUCGUAUGUUCAACUAGUUACUAGAAUGGAACAGUACCUAAGAAAUUGGAUAAGUCUUAGUGAAGUGAGGGAGGAUUUCAACGACCUUUGUGACUUCCUUGUUAGAGACCAAUUGCUGAGCAACUGCUCUUUAGAUUUGCGGAUAUUUUUAAAAGAGCGAUUAUUUGACAACACUCUUGAUAUGGCACAAGCUGCCGACAGAUUCAGAGCUGCACAUCGCAAUAUUAAACCGCGGAAGACCUUCUCUGCGAGAGAAGAAACGAGCGAAAGGCGCGACGCAAAGUCCGACGUGGUAUGUCACAAUUGCAAAGCUACGGGGCACAUUCGACCUAAUUGUCCUGAAUUAAAAAGAUCGCGGUUGGGGUCAUCUAAGGUUAACUUCGUUUUUGAAUCGGAUCUUACUCCGCAGAACAGUGUUACCGACGAUGCGAUUUUAUUUAACAAACCUGUUAAUGCUCUCUUUGAUUCUGGAUGUUCAACUAUUAUAGUAAAAGAUUCGCUGAUUCCCCCGUAUGUAAAACGACGAAAGACCAUUACACUAUACGAUUACCUAGGCGUCGGCAAGACUUUUCCCGAAAUACGGUGCUUCAUAAAGAGUCGCUUUUUGACUGGAUGGGUGAAUGCCGUUGCGGCACCCAUCAAAUUCACCGACAUACUAAUCGGAAUGGUACCCGGGGUCAAGAUGCCAGCAUUAGAUUUAACGGGCAAGACUAAUAAUGGCAAAACUUCAGCGAUUGAUAAACAUGAAAUUGCAAGUGCCGAUAACUUAGUCAUGGAAAUUCAGACUCGAAGAGGUAAAAUGGCUGACCUUGCUAAACCUCGUGCCUUAAAUGUACCAGAACUUAUAAUUAAAGAUAUCACAAAACAAGAGCUGAUGGAAGAACAAGGCAAAUGCGUAACUCUAAAUGACAUAAGAUCAAAAGUAGAAAGAGGGAGUAUAGUAAAUGUCAAACAUAGAACAGUAAAGUAUGAAAAAGUUAACGAUCUCAUCUAUAGAAUUUGUCUUCAAAGUAAAAAUGAAAAUGAGAUUGGUAUGAAGCAAUUAGUUGUCCCUCGUAAGUUUAGACAUAUCAUCUUGUCAACGGCACACGAUUCCCCUGUUGCAGGACAUUUUUCGCAUCGUAAAACAUCUGAGAAGAUAUUUUACAAGUUCUUUUGGCCAGGCGCGGGUGCCGAUAUAAAGCGCUUUUGUCGUUCGUGUCCAACGUGUCAAAGAUCUUCCCCUAAAGGCAAAGUCAAGAAAGUACCAUUGGUGUCCAUGCCCGUGAUAAAUGAACCGUUUUCUCGCGUUGCCAUAGAUCUCGUAGGCCCGUUAUCACCUUCAGAAAGAGGCCAUCGGUAUAUCUUAACUCUAAUAGACUGCGCUACUCGUUUUCCUGAAGCUGUUCCUCUACGCAGUAUCGAUACGGUAACUGUCGCUGAAAACCUAAUUGAUAUAUUUUCGCGUGUCGGUAUUCCUAAAGAAAUCUUGUCAGACCGCGGCACACAGUUCAAGUCCGACCUUAUGAACGAGAUAAAUAGACUUUUGUGUGUAAAGGCUCUCUAUACAAGCCCGUAUCACGCUUGUUGCAAUGGCACAGUAGAGCGGUUUCAUGCAGUUUUGAAAUCCAUGGUUCGAGGACCACUUACAAUUUUGUAUGAACUGUGGACCAACGAUAAUCUGGACGGUAAUGUAAAGAACACCUAUCAGUACGUGUUAGAUCUUAGAACUAAAUUAGAGGAAUCUGCUCAGUUAGCUUCAUCUCAUGCUAAGAUCAAUAGUAAUCUGUAUAAAGCCUACUUCGAUCGCGGCGCUAAAGCGCGCUCGCUCGCUGUUGGCGACGAAGUGCUCGUUUUGCUUCCUUCAACGCAUAACAAGCUCACUAUGCAGUGGAAAGGCCCAUACACCGUUAUUAAACGUCACGAUAACGGAGUAGAUUACUUAAUUAAAGUAAAGGGUAAAGCCAAACUUUACCAUAUUAACAUGAUGAAAAAGUUCAUUAAAAGGGAGGACAUUGAAACGCCUAAUGUUUGCCAGAUAUGUGUAGUAGAUGAUGAUAUUGUUAGUGAUGACACGUGCGAUGUCUCUGUAAUGAGCAAUACGGUAACUAACUUUAAUAUCGGUGCAGAUCUAAAACCUGAUCAAAUAAAAGGGCUAAGGAACCUACUUGAUAAAUACCCAGAUGUAUUUUCAGAUAACCCUGGACUAACUAGCUCGGUAACGCACGAUAUCAAAUUAACUACCACCGAACCCGUACACCGCAAGCCUUACGCGAUUCCUCACCAUUUGAUUAAACCAUUUGAGGCAGAAGUACAGAGAAUGAAAGAACUUGGAGUGAUCGAACCAUCCGAUUCGCCGUACUGUUCGCCCGUAGUUCUCGUGAAAAAGUCGAAUAACACCUGGAGGUUCUGUGUUGAUUUCAGAGCUCUGAAUAAUAUUAGUCAAUUCGAUGCUGAACCGAUGCCUUUUAUGGACGAAGCGCUAGGAAACUUCACAUCAGAUAAGUUCUUCACAGAACUCGAUUUAUGUAAAGGUUAUUGGCAAAUUCCCUUAAGUGAACGAUCUAAGCCAUAUACUGCUUUUGCAACCAAGUACGGUUUAAUGCAGUUUGCGAGGUUGCCGUUCGGAUUGAAAACCGCAUGCGCGACAUUCGUGCGAUUAAUGAGGAAAGUAAUAAAGGGUCUAAAUAACACGGAUUGUUACUUUGAUAACAUUGUUGUUCACAAUGCUAAGUGGGAAGAUCACUUAAUCGACCUUACUAACUUGCUGAACAGGCUCCGUUUACAUGGAUUAACUGCAGGUCCUGAUAAAUGCUUCUUUGGCUACACAAAAAUUAAGUAUCUAGGUUUCACAUUGGGUGAUAAUUGUUUAAGACCUGUUGAUGCUAAAAUUAAAGCUAUAAUAGAUAUGCCUCUCCCUAAAACAAAAAAGCAACUAAGGUCUUUCUUGGGAACAGUCUCGUUCUACCGUAAAUUUAUCCCUAAUUUUGCGGAUAUAGUAUCUCCUAUUAAUGUCUUGCUGAGAAAAUAUAGUAGUAAUGUGUUAAUAUUAAAUGAUGAACAGAUUGCAAGGAUCAAUUUAUUGAAGGAUAAAUUAAUUAACGCCCCAAUUCUCACAUUGCCCGAUUAUAACAAGCAAUUCUUUCUGAGAACUGAUGCUUCUGACACGGGCUUGGGUGCAAUCCUUCUGCAGGAAAUGAAUGGAGAAUUAAUGCCUGUCGCCUAUGCCAGCCGCGCACUAUUAGACCGCGAGACGCGUUACGCAGUUAUAGAACGCGAAUGCCUCGCUAUAGUUUGGGGAAUAGAAAAGUUUAAAUCUUACUUGUACGGUAAAGAAUUCAUUCUACAAACGGAUCAACAGCCAUUAACAUAUCUACUGAAUAUGAAGAAUAGUAAUGGCAGACUUAUGCGCUGGUCUCUCGCCUUGCAGGCAUAUUCUUUUAUAAUUCAGUAUAUCAAAGGUGUUGAUAAUGUAGGAGCUGAUCUCCUUAGUCGAUGUCCGGUAAUUAUCGAUUAG